UGGUUGCCAGUGAAUUUAACACUAAGCGCGAUGCUGGAGUUGCAUGGCUUUGCUUUGUUUUUCGUUGAAACCUUCACAUGGAAUCUUGUGUAUGCCACAUCCUGUAUGUUUCGAAUUCUGCAAAUCCUGGCCAACGAGCUUUCGCAUCAAAGUCGAAAUGAAAAGGAAUGGAACAUCAAACUUAAAACAUUCAUAGCUCUGCAUGAUUCUGUGCUAAGAUCGGCUGAAAUAUUGGAGGAAAUAUUGAGUUUACAGAUGUUAUUGCUUUACAUAUCCACCAUUUUGGCUCUGUGUCUGGGUAUGGUCGUGCUGUCUUUGGCUGUCAAUGAGGUGUAUGUGCUGUUGACUACCAUGGCCGUAUUCGGUUACUGUACGUUUCAAACCUUUUCCUUCUCUUAUCUCGGCACUGAGCUCAUUGAGCAAAGCGAAGCAGUAGCGGAUGCAAUUUUCCACAGCAAAUGGUACACGCAGAAGCUGAACAGACAGAAAGACAUGUGUUUCUUGAUGAUGCGAGCAAAUAAGCCGGUGAAAUUAACUGCCGCCAAGUUGUUCGUUGUAACACGUGACUCCUUCACUCAGGUGAUUAAACAGGCGUACACAAUCUUUGCACUUAUGUCACAGUUUUUGGAUGACACGAUGGGUUAGAAACGCUAGUUGGCACAUGCUAACUCACGACAGCGUAAAGGUUAGAAUUUUCACUCAUAAAAUAAUAUUUUUAAUAGUACAUUUUAGAACACAUGUUUAUAUUUCUUUUAUUUAAUAUGCUAUUAAGCCAUUACUUCGUUUCUUUUUAAUGUAUCACUGUGUGGAAUUUUCUGACUUGCUAUUAAUUGGAGCAAAUCAUGUACAACAUUUGAAUGAAUUUUGAUGCAAUGCAUCAUUUAAGUAACUUUUGAACUAAAAACAAAGGAUUAUUUAGGGGGUUUAUCUUCACCAUCACUAACGAAAAUUCCCAUGCAGCAUCAAUGCGGACUUGAUGCGGUUGUUUUUGGACAUCAUAUAAGCCUGUUCUAGUAUUUACAACAUCCUAACACUAUUAAAUAACAAUCCGAGUAUCGAAAGAAAGCCCAGUUCCGAAUGGCCCACGACUCUGAGCGGCAAGAAGCUACACAUGAUGCUGAAAACGAAUAGCGAGGAAAAAGUCGCUACAUUGCUGCGUUUCGACCAAAGAGUGAAAAAGUACUUGGGGAACAUGAACAUAUAUGUCAGGAAACGGAAGCGGCGUUCACUGGUUUCGGAGCUGCCGGCAAUGGCACCAUAACGCGAAGCGAUCAUUGGAGGAGAUGGAGCGGCUAUUAUUAUCGUACAAAAAUGUUACUAUUUAUGCAACAAUUAUUAUACUACACCCACGAGCACAAUUGUAAUCGCUUGAGGAUACCUUC